CGACCCAACCCAUUGCACCUCAAUCUCUCUCCUCCUCGGAAUCAUCCUCAAUGUUGCUUUACCAUUUUUGAUUCAUAACAUCAUGCCGAGAGCUUCGCUGCUUCCUCCAAAGUCAUCAAACCCUAAUUCUAGGGCAAUCUUAAGUUUUGAGGAAAGAUGCCUGCAGUUCCCAUGUGGGCAACUGAUACAGGCAUUGAGGGUGAACAUUGCUGACCUGAUGCUGUUGGAAUACCAGGACAGCCGAGUGCUUAGAUUCCUCCGCCGCGGCGAGUUCAUGAUGAAGCUGGUGAAGCAUUCCUUCAGCCCCAUUGUGGUGGCAGCAUGCACUGUGGAAUGUAUUCACUGGCCACUGGCCAGGGAUGCACCGGUGUUUCGGAUCGGUGUCCGGAGCUUCCUUAUGGCAGUCCCGGGGCUGCUCUACGCCCUCCGGUUCCCACGGAGUUGCCCGGAGCAGAGAAUGGUCUUUCUUGAGGUUCUGUUCAUGAGGUUUUGUGACUAUGCAGAUUUUAGUCACAUUCAAAGUGCCAUGGGGGCUUCAGAAAAUGAUCCGGAUUUCUGGAUGAGAGCACGGGACCAAAUACGAAGUACUUUAGAUUCAAAGCUUCUGCAAUCCGGGCACUUCAUCGGAUUAUCUCCCACGGCAGUCGGCGACCAGAGCUCGGAGUUGUUGAGGGUGUGUCGGGCUUCAGGGACCGCUCAGGUGGUGAUGAAAGCCAUCCUUGCUGGCAUCCUACAGUCCACACACACUGAUAUUCAUGAGAUGAGGGCAGACGCCAAAAAUCCCAGGCGUCCAGUCGACAUACCGGAGGCUUACCCGAAGAUCUCCGUGUUCACCAAUAUCAUUGAAGCCCUAGAGUUGGCUUGGGUGACGACCUCCGGCUCCUCCCACCUGCUGAGGGAAGCGGCCGGCAAGUCAGCAACACUGCAGCCCUCAGACUUCAACACUUGGAGCCUAAACGAAUCAGGUGUUUUUUGUCUGGUGGAACUGCUGGUGCAUACCGGAGAGACCCUGGACAGGAACAGCAGCAAUCAGCCUAGGUCUGAACCCGAAGAAGGAACUGAGAUAAAUAAAGAAGGCGGGGAAGAUGAGCAGAUGAAUCCGGAGAUCAUAUUUCCAAUAAUUAGUAUAGAAAAUGGAAUUAGUAAUAGUGAAGCCCAUAAAGAAUACAUGGAAUGCAGUAGGGGCAUCUAUUGAGGGGUUUAAUUUAUAAGGCCUUUUGGCACCUAACAGAUCUGUAUUUGAGUAAUAUCUUCAACCAAAUGGUGCAGCUGAUUUACAACAUAUGCUGUCUUGAACUUCUCAACAAAUGAAUGCAUCAAUGAGAAGAAGCAUCAAGCAGGAAAGACAUGGGCAAAAGUUUCUUCAGGUUUGAUCAGAGAGGGAGAAAGCCUCGGUGAUGAUAUUCAUCAGGAAAAAAGAAUUGUUGAGAAAAUCCAAAGAUUUGUGAAGAAGUACUUUUCAUGGAUUAAUGGGGUCCCUUAAAGCACA